CCUGGACGCCGGAACCGACCGAGCGCGCCGCCCACCGGCGGCGGACACGGGCUCCGCCGCUCCUGACCUCGGCGACAGGUUUGGGGCUUUAGCGUCUUGCAGAAAGUGGGACCACAUAGCUGCCUUUCCGUCUACACCACAUUCAAGUCUACCUACAAAACUGGGAGCUCUGGGAAGCUCUGAGCCUGUGACCCUAGCGUGGGAGAUAGGAUCAAGAUGGCCAUGUGGCAGGGAGCCAUGGAUAACAGAGGCUUUCAGCAGGGGAGUUUUAGUAGCUUCCGGAGCAGCUCCAGUGAUGAAGACUUGAUGGACAUAGCAGCGACAGCUAUGGAUUUCUCCAUGAGAGAUGAUGUUCCUCCCUUAGACCGAGAAGUAGAAGAGAACAAGUCAUACAAUGGUGGAGGAAUAGGUUCUUCAAAUAGGAUCAUGGACUUCUUGGAGGAGCCAAUCCCUGGUGUAGGGACCUAUGAUGACUUCAAUACAAUUGACUGGGUGAGAGAGAAAUCUCGAGACCGGGAUAGGCACCGAGAGAUUACCAACAAAAGCAAAGAGUCAACAUGGGCCUUAAUUCAUAGUGUGAGUGAUGCUUUUUCUGGCUGGUUGUUGAUGCUCCUUAUUGGGCUUUUAUCAGGUUCCUUAGCUGGUUUGAUAGACAUCUCUGCUCAUUGGAUGACGGACUUAAAAGAAGGUAUAUGCACAGGAGGAUUCUGGUUUAACCACGAACAUUGUUGCUGGAACUCUGAUCAUGUCACCUUUGAAGACAGAGACAAAUGCCCAGAGUGGAAUAGCUGGUCCCAGCUUAUCAUCAGCACUGAUGAGGGAGCCUUUGCCUACAUAGUCAAUUAUUUCAUGUACGUCCUCUGGGCUCUCCUAUUUGCCUUCCUUGCUGUGUCUCUUGUCAAGGUGUUUGCACCUUAUGCCUGUGGCUCUGGAAUCCCUGAGAUAAAAACUAUCUUGAGUGGUUUCAUUAUUAGGGGCUAUUUGGGUAAGUGGACCCUGGUUAUCAAAACCAUCACCUUGGUGCUGGCAGUGUCAUCAGGCUUGAGCCUGGGCAAAGAGGGCCCCCUAGUGCAUGUGGCUUGCUGCUGUGGGAACAUCUUGUGCCAUUGCUUCAACAAAUACAGGAAGAAUGAAGCCAAGCGCCGAGAGGUCUUGUCGGCUGCAGCAGCAGCUGGUGUAUCUGUUGCCUUUGGGGCACCUAUUGGUGGAGUACUAUUCAGCCUGGAAGAGGUCAGCUACUAUUUCCCCCUCAAAACGUUGUGGCGUUCAUUCUUUGCUGCCUUGGUGGCAGCAUUUACUCUCCGCUCCAUCAAUCCAUUUGGGAACAGCCGCCUGGUUCUGUUUUACGUGGAGUUUCACACUCCCUGGCAUCUCUUUGAGCUUGUGCCAUUCAUUCUGCUGGGCAUAUUUGGUGGUCUGUGGGGAGCUCUGUUUAUCCGCACAAACAUUGCCUGGUGUCGGAAACGUAAGACAACCCAGUUGGGCAAGUAUCCUGUCAUAGAGGUACUCGUCGUGACAGCCAUCACUGCCAUCCUGGCUUUCCCCAAUGAAUACACCCGCAUGAGCACAAGUGAGCUCAUUUCAGAGCUGUUCAAUGACUGUGGACUUCUGGAUUCCUCCAAGCUCUGCGAUUAUAAGAACCGCUUCAACACAAGCAAGGGGGGUGAACUGCCUGACAGACCGGCUGGCGUGGGAGUCUACAGUGCAAUGUGGCAGCUGGCUUUGACUCUCAUACUGAAAAUCGUCAUUACUAUAUUCACCUUUGGCAUGAAGAUCCCUUCUGGCCUCUUUAUCCCUAGCAUGGCUGUUGGUGCUAUUGCAGGUCGACUUUUAGGAGUAGGAAUGGAACAACUGGCUUAUUACCACCAAGACUGGACCAUCUUCAAUAGUUGGUGUAGUCAGGGAGCUGACUGCAUCACCCCGGGCCUUUAUGCGAUGGUUGGGGCUGCAGCCUGCUUAGGUGGGGUGACUCGGAUGACUGUUUCUCUUGUUGUCAUAAUGUUUGAACUGACUGGUGGCUUGGAAUACAUUGUGCCUCUGAUGGCUGCAGCCAUGACAAGCAAGUGGGUGGCAGAUGCUCUUGGGCGGGAGGGCAUCUAUGAUGCCCACAUCCGUCUCAACGGAUACCCCUUUCUUGAAGCCAAAGAAGAGUUUGCUCAUAAGACCCUAGCAAUGGAUGUGAUGAAACCCCGGAGAAAUGAUCCUUUGUUGACUGUCCUUACUCAGGACAGUAUGACUGUGGAAGAUGUAGAGACCAUAAUCAGUGAAACCACUUAUAGUGGGUUCCCAGUGGUGGUGUCUCGGGAGUCCCAAAGACUUGUGGGCUUUGUCCUCCGAAGAGAUCUCAUUAUUUCAAUUGAAAAUGCUCGAAAGAAACAGGAUGGUGUUGUGAGCACUUCCAUCAUUUAUUUCACUGAGCAUUCUCCUCCAAUGCCACCGUACACUCCACCUACCCUGAAGCUUCGGAACAUCCUGGAUCUCAGCCCCUUCACUGUGACGGACCUUACACCCAUGGAGAUUGUGGUGGAUAUCUUCCGCAAGCUGGGACUGCGGCAGUGCCUGGUUACACACAACGGGCGAUUGCUUGGAAUCAUUACCAAAAAGGAUGUGUUAAAGCAUAUAGCACAGAUGGCGAACCAAGAUCCUGAUUCCAUUCUUUUCAACUAGAAUCGUAGGUUUGUUCUGGAUAUAAAACACAAGGAACAUUGAAGACCAUGGAUAUAUUUUAUUAACUGGGUACCCAAACACGUUUCCCAUAUUUGGAUGGUGAAGUCAUACUAUGUGUUGUGUCUUUCUUCCCAGUUAACCAGUUGCACUACAUAAUCUCUGGAAAUUAAUCAUCUCUAGGAGAAAAUACAGU